UUUAACCAAUCACCAAUCGGAUCUGUUAAAACCCGGGCAUGCCCGGGGCAACGCCCUGUUCCAGUAUGAAAGCAUUGGGCAGCAUUAUUGACACAGUAACAUCAUUGUCAACUUUCAUCCUUCCUGAAAUCCAAUCAUGGUCUGUUUGUCAGCCACCAUCGCCCAACCAUGACCCAUUUCACAUUCUGUUUACCUUGUAACGUGUCCAACAUUUAAUUUAUUUGGAUCUUCUUCGUCAAGAUGUGAAUGGGAAAGCCUUUAAAUUCACUGAAAUAACAACCGGAGACAGUUGACAUAUAAAGUUUCACUUCUCAAGAUUAAGCCCUUUUGCUUGCUCAUAUCAUAUUCAUACAUCCCUUUGAAGGCGGCGAAGAAGAAGCAGAAGAAAUAAUACUUUUGUUAAGCAUCGGAUUCAACAGAAUGUCAGAGCAUAAAAACAACACCGACUACAAUAGACAACACCACCACCGUCUUCUGCCGAAACGCAUCAUUUUAGUCCGCCACGGCGAGUCUCAGGGGAAUCUCGACACCGCCGCCUACACCACCACGCCCGACCACAAAAUCCCCUUAACGGAACUGGGGAUCGAGCAGGCUCGACACUGUGGGGCCCAUUUGAAAUCCUUGAUCUCCGCCAACGACACCUUUUCCGACUACCGUCUCUACUUCUACGUGUCGCCUUACCAGCGGACGAGAUCCACCCUCCGCGCGAUUGGCCGGUCCUUCUCCAAGAGACACAUCAUCGGGGCCAGAGAAGAGUGUCGGAUUAGAGAACAAGAUUUCGGAAAUUUUCAGGUUAGCGAGAGAAUGAAAGUGAUAAAGGAGACAAGAGAGAAGUUUGGGAGGUUUUAUUAUAGAUUUCCUGAAGGGGAAUCUGCUGCAGAUGUUUUUGAUCGAGUUUCAAGUUUUUUUGAAUCCCUCUGGAGGGACAUAGAGUUGAACAGGCUUAACAGUGACCCUUCCCGGGAACUUAAUCUUGUCAUUGUAUCACAUGGUCUGGCCUCGCGUGUUUUUCUCAUGAAGUGGUUCAAAUGGACAGUUGAGCAAUUUGAGCACUUAAACAACCUCGGGAACUGUGAGUUUCGAGUAAUGGAGUUAGGUCGUGGUGGAGAAUAUAGCUUGGCUAUUCAUCACACAGAAGAAGAGAUGCUAGAAUGGGGACUCUCCCCUGAAAUGAUCGCUGACCAAAAAUGGCGAAUCCAGGCCACUAGGAGUGAUUGGAAUGAAAAUUGUCCAUGGUACUUCCAUGAGUUUUUCGAUCAUUUGGAAGACCCUAAAGAAGAAGAAAAGCAAAAUCUUGAUGCAGAAUGUUACAAUGCUGAUUCUACAUUUGGGUCAUCUUCACCAUGAAAGCGAUCAAACAUUUUCAAAACUGUAAAAAAUUAGUUCUCUUUAUUCUUUUGGAGUCAUAAAACUGUAGUUAUAAUAAUACCAGUUCUUUUUAGUGAACACAUGAUGCCAAGAGAGUACCCAGCUAGAGUAGUGGCAUCUUUACUAGGUUUGAUUGUUUUAGUUUGUUAAUGAACAAUUAGUUUAAUGUUAAUGUAAUGAUUCAAAUUCUCUCUGGAUUA